AUGGCAAACACAGCAUACGCCAUCUUCCUGGAAACCAGCUGCAUUCUAGGAAUCGUCGGCACCAUCAUCGGCGUCGGCGCCAACAUCAUAAACAUCAUCAUCUUCAACAAGCAAGGCUUUAAGGACGCAACCAGCAUCACGCUGACCGCCUUGUCGGUGGGCGACAUGGGGAUGUUACUGACUGGGUUGGUGUACAACCUGCUCAUUAACCCCUGGUUGGCCAUGGCUGACGUCACCAACGAGCUGGACUACGUACUGGACCUACUGUCCCUGUUCCCCCAGUACUACUUCACCAAAGUCUGCGGGGUUGUCGCCGCCUUCUCGGCGUUAGAAAAAUGCAUGUGCGUUGUGUUUCCUUUACACGUGAAACAGUUCAUCACGCGUCGAAUCGCCAUCACUGUAAACAUCGGCGCCUACAUCUUCAUGCUUUCCGGGAUUAUCCCAUUGUAUAACAAUCUAUAUUUAGAAUGGGAAUUCUCCCCUUUUAGAAAUAGAUCUCUGAUAACACUCGAGGUCCGUGAUUUCGCUCACAUAGACGAAUUCAUAACCCUCAUCUACUCAACAGAUCUAAGUAUUUUAUAUCUGAGUUUACUUUGUAUUUUUACAUGUAACAUCAUCAUCGCCGUCAAACUAAGACUACAAUCCAAAUGGAAAAGAUCGUUCCGUUCUACGGGUCAGCAUUUCAUCAGAGCCGACUCUAAGCAGAAGAAGAAGAUUCUGAUGAUGCUCUUCACGACCUCCAUCUUCUUCCUGUUCUGUCUCUUCCCCAAGUCGGCCGCCUACACCAGCAUUUUCAUGACAGCCAACUACCGCAGCAAGGACGUCGCUGUGGCCUUCUACCUCGUGUCGUCCUUGACAGAGUCAGCCAAUUCAAGCCUGACCAGCCUGUUCUACUACUCCAUGAGCUCCAACUACAAGAAGUCUCUGCUGGAAGUCUUCAGCUGCUUCAGGGGAAGCUCGCUGGGAACACAGGAGAAAAACCAGUGCUAG